AUGCGCAGCCGAGGGGGCGGGGGCCUGGGCUUGUUGUGUUGCCGCCCGAGAGCCAGAGACGGAGCCUGAGCUGCCGUCGCCGCUUCCAGAGUCUAGUUCUCCUCCUCCGCCGCCGCCGCCGCUGCUAUUCGAGCCUCCCGACUAUGUCGUCUCCGUUGGUAGAGCAGCCGCCGCCGCUGCCCAACAACAACAACAAUAACGAGGGCGAGCAGCCGCUGGCCCCGCCCGCGGGCCUCAACAGUUCCUGGGUGGAGCUCCAGAUGAACGGCAACGGAAAUGGCAACGAUGGGAAUGGAAAUGGGAAAAAUGGGGGUCUGGAGCAUGUUCCCUCCUCAUCCUCCAUUCACAAUGGAGACAUGGAGAAGAUUCUUUUGGAUGCCCAGCAUGAAUCAGGACAGAGUAGCUCCAGAGGCAGUUCUCAUUGCGACAGCCCUUCCCCACAAGAAGAUGGUCAGAUAAUGUUUGAUGUGGACAUGCACACCAGCAGGGACCAUAGCUCUCAGUCUGAAGAAGAAGCUGCAGAAGGAGAAAAAGAAGUGGAAGCUUUGCAGAAAAGUGUGGACUGGGUAUCGGACUGGUCCAGUCGGCCUGAGAACAUCCCCCCCAAGGAAUUCCAUUUUCGGCACCCUAAACGUUCCGUUUCUUUAAGUAUGAGGAAAAGUGGAGUUAUGAAGAAAGGGGGCAUUUUCUCUGCAGAAUUUCUUAAAGUGUUCAUUCCAUCGCUUUUCAUCUCUCACGUUUUGGCUUUGGGACUAGGCAUCUAUAUCGGGAAGCGGCUGAGUUCCCCAUCCGCUAGCUCCUACUGAGGGCGAGGAGCCCGGACGCGCCCGUGAAGUGCUCUCCCCGUCCCGUUAGUGUAUUGGAACUCGAGACCAUUCUCAGCAUGCCCCAGUCCGCGACCCUCUUUGUACAUGUCCACGGUCCAGCUCCUCUUGGGAUUCAGUAUUUUAUCCAAGCUCUUGGGAGGCCUUGCUAUGACCUCGUUCUCUUCCUGGCCUGUAAGACCCUCAGUUUCCUCACAGAGUUUACCGGUGUCUAGAAAUUGGCAAAGUCUUCUUUUCAACAGAGGCCACCAGCAAGUGAUCUUUUUCCCCCCAUGACCCCGUUUGUUGCCUCCUUUUCCAUCCCACCUCAGUUAGAGCUGCAGCAUUCCCAUAGAAGUAUUGACUGCUUUAGGACAACGGCCAUCACUCUUCUAAAAAGAAAGCAGGUUAGCAAGCGUCUUAUCGAACCUUGAUUUUUCAAGAUAAAGACGAGCUCUCGUAAGCUCACAAUUUAUAGUUGUAACAAAAACAAGAAAAAGAAACACAAAAAAAGUAGUCUGUGGCAAUAAAAAAAUGUAUUUAAAACCCACUUAGGGGCCAUUUUCGUGUUGACUGGCACGUUGGAAAUGUGCAGGAGGUCGGCCGCACGGAUAAAUGAUGGCGACUAAGCAGUACGAGGACCAGAGAGUUGUCAGAACGCCGAGCCCGCCCUUUUGGCAGGCAGGGCCGCAGGCUAGACCAGACAAGGAAGGGGAGGGACGAUGCUGGGAACUUUGGGUGGGUGGGGGGGAGUUUUCCUGCUAUGUGUGAAGUUGUUUCGUUCUUCAUCUCUUUCCUUAAAAAGGAUUGUUUUCCCCUUUUUUCCCCUAAAGAGAAGUUCUGCUUGAUGAAUUCUAAUUGGUUUGGUGCAUUUCUAGGCUUCUUGUUAUUGGAAAUUCCAUUUCUUCUGGAGCUCUUUAAAGACUCCCUUGGGCCUCCAGAGCUCUGCCGAGCACGGGGGCCGCUCUGUGCAGCGUCCUGGGGGGUGGGGAGCAGUUGACCAAGUUCUGAAACGAUGUUCCUUCUGGUGGCGGUCCAGAGCUCCCGUUUGUUACUGUUUACCGUACAAUCUUCCCCAGGGCAACGCCAGGGACCCUCGAGCAGGCUGUCUCCGGGGCACCCUUUCUAGGUGAUGGAACUCUGUGUUUGGGGAACACGGCCUCUUCUUCAGUGACACUUUCCUUCUUCAAAAUGUGAAGCUUUAGUACCAAAUUGUUAGGAAGCAUCAGGAUUUCCAGUGUCCUCAAGUAGCUUUUAUUGGAUUUCAGAACAUGUAGCAUGACUGAAGGAUACUACUAUAUGUUUGUUAUAUAAAUAAUUACUGUUUAUGAUAUAGAUUUUAAUAUUGGCUAUUUAGAGAACCAUUGUUAAUUUGACAACUAGCAAUUUGCUCAUUUAUUAGUGCAUUAGGUUGAUGUGAGUAAAAUACUAAGAUAACCAGCUUGGCCAAUUUGCAGAGACAUUUCAUCAAACUGUUUUUUCUGCAUCAUGUUUUAUAAAGUGGAUGAGUUCUGGCAGACAUGAACCAACAGUCCAUACACAGAAUUCAGUUCUUAACUGACUUGUUUGUAUUAGUACAACUGGCUAUGGCAAGUAUGAAGUAACUCCUCGAUUGUGCUUAAAUUUGUUUUCUCCUACAAUUCGAGAAGACGUUGUAGGGUGUGAGCCAGGGCCAAAAUAAAAACAACAAUUAAUUCUUUUUAGAUGUCUUUGUUAUUUCUCUUCUCCAUCUGAACGUGGUAACACUUGAUUUGCUUUCUGUAACCUAUUUAUUUCAAGUAUAUUCAAGUAUAUAUCUUGGAUUUCCUUUGAAGGUGAUUGAGAAAUCUGGUGAAGCUAUUCACUAAGAUGACAGUGAACACAUGGUUUAAAAGUGAUAUAAAUGGAAAAGGCUAGUUUACUCAUAAGGACUAAUUAAUGGCACCUUGUUUUGUAUUAGAAUUGGCACAGUUCCGGGGCCGGGGGGAGCAAGAAAAAAGAUUUUGAUUUAAAACUGAGCACAUCUUUUUAAGAGAAAUAAAUGCGUCCCCUUUUUAUAAGUUAAAUACUGGUUUUGAUCUGUAGUGUGUUUCAAACUUGAUUAUCUUUACAGCUUUUUGACCAUUGAAAAUAAAUCCACCUCUGUCCUAUAAUUUCUCAAGUAGCUGUGAAAUCAACUGUUCUUGGAAUCUUACCAAAAUAAAAAUGCCUAGAGCUUGUUAUCAUAAGAUGAUACGAGGCAGUAUUUAGUGGUAACCCUCCUAGAGGUUUGGGGUGGAAGUCUUGGUGUCCCAAACUGUGAGCGAACACAAACAGAUCAAUGUGUAAUCUGACAAGGGUUUCGGCUCUUACGACAGUUGAAGUUUUGUUAAGAUAAAUGUUUUAAAAGCUUUAUACCUGUUUACAGUUUUGGAAAUAAACACAGGCUUCAUUUCUGUUUAAUGAAAACUGGCUUAAAUAUUUGUAAAUAGGAUCAAGAGCAAAAAUGCAUAAACUUGCACAGGGCAACAUGGAGCAAGUUAGCUUGCUGUAGCCAAGCAUUGACUGUACGAGGGAAAAAAAGAAAAAUUGAAGAGCACCAUUCAGAUUCUUUCAGCAAAUUGAACCAUUUGAUGAAAUGAUUGGAAUUAACUGAGCCAAAGUGAUUCUGCAUUCCUCAUCGAUUUAGUUAUUAGCACUUUGUAACAUUAUAUACAGUUUACAAUAUGUGUAUAAGCUGUAGUUAUAAACAUUUUGUGCCAUUAAAGCUCUCACAAAACUGG